CUUUUCCUUGCAACAGCGAGGACGCCACUGCCAGUUGCCACCCCUGCGUCGUCAUCCAAAUGAACUGGAACCUAUUCAACGAGAGAAGGGGAUUAGAAGCUAGUGCCAGCAAAAGUUCUUUGUAUCAUCGCUAAGAAUGACACCGCCAUGCCCGCAUGGGGCCUCGGGACAAGUGGAUGAGGACGCAAGCUCCAUGGAGGCGCUGAAAACGCUGCACUUGUUGAAGAGGAUUUCUCCAGCAACAACAUCAAGUGCCGCCGGCCCUCUCACCACUCUCCUCGAGCUGUGGCAGCGAAUCAUUUCGACGAGUGGCAGCCAUGGCGUCCUGCAGCGAGUGCUGUAUUGGCUGCGGGGAAACAAGGUGACGCUUGCGGCGGGUGUACUUUUCUUCUUGUUGGAAAUAGUUGAUAUCGCCAUAGCACCAUCGAUGCAGAGAGCCAAGUUCCCCGUGCGAAUUCUCCUCGCCGUUUACUCGUGUGCCUGCGCCCAGUUCACCUUCAUACACCGAUCUCACCUAUUUCAAGAGUCGUUGGAGAGCCUCAUCUUUCUCACUGACAUUAUAGAACGGCAUGGAAUGCCCGACUCAAAAGUGCGCUUAAGGCGUACGGCCAAACAACUGAGGCAACUUCUAUGGUUCUACUUUGUUUAUGCAAUGACCUUGGAGUUGGUCAUGACCAUCGCCUUCGUGGUUAUUCGGCAAAACUUCCCGGAGGUGGUUGCCGAGACAGUGCUGUCAUCACGCGAAACCGUGAUCAACUGGGAUACCACUUUUGAAACAGAAGAAAAGACGAGAUUGAUGUCGUGGCUCCGUUGGGGUGUUUUCCCCCUCCAGUGGUGUUCUGCUCUUGUAAACAACUGCGCAAUGCAUACGUUAGUGUUGUUCCUUUUGACAGUGUACACUGUCUCUUCGGACGUCUGGAACGGCAUAGGGUUGGCCGUGCAGGCAGGUGGAUGCACGCCCUUGUGGCUGGGAGCACAGAGGUCCGUGACGGACACUUUGCUCAAGCUGGACAGGGCCGUGUUCGACAUGAUGCCUCACCUGCUCGUGGUGACUAUCGUCCUCCCGCUCCUGAGCACCGUCGAGGUGGUGGCGAGCGGCAUGCGCGCCGAGCUCUUCUCGGUGGGCACGGCGCCGCUCGUCUUCACGCUCUUCAUGCCGCUGUGCCUGACCGGCGACACGCUCAUGGCGGCGCGGCGCGGCGUGUCCUGGCGCGCCUACAGCGGGCCGUGGCUGGAGGAGCGGCCCCGGCAGCGCCUGCUCCGCCUGGGCCUCAUGCAGGCCACCAUGGGGCGCGGCGCCAUGGUGCGCGGACGCGGCAUCGGCAACCUGGACCGCAGGGCGUUCUACAGGGCGCUCAAGUCGUGGUUCAGCUUCCUGCAAGUGCUCAUCAACCUGCUAGGAUGA